ACAGAUUGCGGCAGAGUGCAAGUUGAGACAGGCGCGAUCGUCACUCGAUCAAUCGAAUUCCGGUGGCCGUGUUUGUAAUUCCCUUCGCGACAAAAAAUCAUUAAUUCAGUGUUUAUUACCGAUAUCUCAAGCCCUCAAACGUGUCAAGUGCUGGAGGAUCCAGUUAAUUUCUGAUCGGCAUUUAGAUUCAGUGAUUUUUGGAGUGAAGCACGAACGCUAGCCAGAAUGACGGUCAUCACUAAAGCGAUUCUGGAGAAGAAGCCUGCGGAUAAAAUGGAGCAGCCAUUAGUUGUGGACGAGUCGACGGAAAACAAAGGGGAUCCAGAGGCUCAACGCCCCCAACGAGACAUGGCCGGGCAUUAUCUGAUUCUGCGGAGGAUCAGACCAAAUCUUGGCCCGAAUUCAAUGACACUCUAUUGUCUCUUAUUCACCGCACUACUUGGCAUGAGCAUCGGUGUCAUUGGUGGUGUUUAUAUCUACAAGCGUUAUGCAAGAGAACAAAUGCACAGAUUCAGGACUGGCUGGUACAGCAUUCCUUACGAACGAAUGGACAACAAACUGCCAUUGUUGAGUGAUGCAUUGGCCGCUGGAAUACCACCUGACACUAACCUAUUCAAAACCUUUGCACGGAACACUGAAAGGGAGGCACUGGUGCUUGAAGAAUCGGCUGAAGAUAAUAUUCGUAAUUUCUUCCAAGAGAGCUUUGAAAUUGAUCUUGAGAAUGAGCACGAGGAGAUUGAUGUGCCUGACUUCAGGGGUGGACGAGAGGGACGAUUCAUCCACGAUUUUAAUAUUAACCUCACAGGCAUUAUUGACCUUGACAGUCACUCCUGCUUUGUCAUGCCGUUGAACAGACAGAGAGUUCUGCCUCCCAAGAACAUGUACGAUCUACUCAACAAGAUGUACAACGGAGAAUACGACGUAAACACUGAGGUAGUCAGGGAGACUAUGAAGGCAACAAUUCCGCCCAUCAGUGAUCGAUCAUCAGUGGGAACUUACAUUGCUCGAGAGUGCAAGCGCAUGCCUAUUUAUCAGUUGGAAAAGAUCAGUAACUCCAAUAAUGGUAUUGUCAAACGAAGUGUUGACGGUGUCCUCUUCGGCCAAUUCGCAGGAUACAACAUCGUCGAAUACGACAUCUCAAACAUGGAGGAGGUCCAGGAGAAAGCCUCGGCAAAAUAAAUUAAUCCAAUAAAAAAUUAAAGAAAAAUUAUAUCUUAAAAGAAAAUGACAGAAGAAUCACUCAGUAGAUAUAAUAAACACUUGCCCCUCCCCCAUCAUCAACCGGAAUUUCUAUUCAAUCGUGUUUCAGAAAAAGUUGAUAAAGCAGUUCAAUUAUAUCUCAUCUGCGUGGUUAUGGGAUUGUCCAGGGAAUCAGUGAUUCCAGGAGGAUUCGUUAGAAGACAUUUCAGUCGAGAGGUUCUCUCAGCUUUACAUUUUUUUCCAAUUCUCUCGUAGAAUCACUGAAUCCUUGGGGAGAUGUAUAAUUAUUGGAGACUUCACGUUCACCUUGAAUACGUUUUAUCACUUUACUGAUUUGAUAGCUUUGAAAAUUCAACCAGAGCUGUCUAGCUUUUACAGAACGACCUAAUGAGCCAUAAUUAAUUAUUCUGGAGUUUCUGAUACUCUCGAAGAACGAAAAACUCCAACGCCAUCCGUCAAUUUCAUCUGAUAAAGAGUGAACUUUUGGGAAUUCAGUAGCGAAGAGGUAAAACGGUUCAUGUAGUUUUUGACGAGUAUCUCGGAAUCUAAGAUAGAUAGAGAAAUUGUUGUCAUGACCUUUUUUGUAGCCCUCACUUCGCUCGACAAAAAAGGUCAUUACGAGAAUUUCGCCAUCUCCCUUAGAUUCGGAGAUAUUCCUCAAAAACUCGGCGGAAACUCAAGUUGACUUGAACUGUUUCAUCGAUUUCGUUACUGAAUUGCACUAGCUGAUUUUUGCAGGAUCGUUAGAAAUCUGUGGUAGCACCAGUAAAGCCAAAUCAGUGGUGAUAUGAAAUUUAAAAAAUUCAUAAGGCUGACAGAGACCUACCCAAGUAGAUGUCAUCAUUUUAUUUAACGAGAAAAAAAAUAUACGUAAGAAAUACUCGUGUGUAACAGACGUGUUUUGUAUCUCUUUUAUUGUAUAUAUUGCUUUGAAUACAUAAUUGCGUGAUCAAUACGGAUAGAAUCAAUUUUUCGGAAUAAUUUGCAAGUCAAUGCACGUAAUUUUCAUUCCAAUAGCAUUUUUCUAUACAAUUAAGUUUAGUAUGAUUAGUUAAGGUAGAUAUACAUUAGGUAUUGUACUUUUGUCACUUAUAUUCAUUAGAGGGAAUUAUUCGAAUACGAAUUUAUCAAUGUCUAAGCGAUAAUGCUGUAAGAGUGGUAAAAUAAAGAAAAUAUUAAUGUUA